AUGGGUUUUAUUUCAACUUUAAGUGUGGCAGUAGCUACUAUAUACCCAGUUCUUGCUUCAUGUAGAGCAUUUGAAGAUUAUACCAGAGUUACUAAUUCCCUUGCAUCUCAAAAUUUAAAAAUUGGUGGAUUCACUGUACCUUUGAAUUAUCUUUAUAAUAGAAAUUUAAGUGGAACUACAAAUUCUGAUCUCAAUGAUAAAUCGUCAUCAACAACAACAUCAUCAUCAUCAUCUUCCUCCAACAUUAGUAUCAAUGAUGAAAGAGCAUUACAAAUUCAUUUAAUUUCUAUUCAAAAAUGGUUUAUAUAUUGGAUUGUCAUUGCUAUAAUUUCUUUACUAGAAAAUAUUUUAUUUUUAAAAUAUAUUAUACCUGGUUAUUCAAUUUUUAGAUUAAUUUUUAAUAUUUGGUUAAUUAUCCCUAUGAUAUCAAUUAAACAAGAAGUUGAUGCCAAUUCAACUUUUGAUAAUACUAUUGAAUGGAAAAAAUUCACUUCUAAUGGAGCAGGAUUAUUAUAUUUUAGUUAUAUUAAACCAUUUAUUGAACAACAUAUUGAUUGUAUUAGGAAAUUUUCAAUUAAUCCAUUAAAUUUUAUCCUGAUUGAAAGAUUAAAAUAUUUGUUUAAUAAGAAUAAUCAAAUAUCACCAAAUGAAAGAAACAACAACAACAAUAAUACAACAACAACUAAUGGUAAUAACAAUACAGAUUAUUCAAAUGUUUUGGAUUCUUUUGUAAUGGUUAUGAAUAUGAAGAAUAAAUUUACAGGAGGGACAAAUAAUACCAGGGAUAUUAAUGAACUUGAUAAUAAAACUAAUAAUGCCGAUAAUGAAUUUGAUGUUGUUAAUGUUACUCCUGACACAGAUAGUACUCAAGUAAAUAAGAGGAAAGGUUUCUUUUGGUAA